AAACGAAAACGAGUAUAGUACAGUAUACACUAGAGAAAACAAUUGAAUUUCCUAAUAAAAAGAAAAAAGAAAAAAGAAAUUCAACAAGGAAACGACGCAGUUUUGAGUAAAACGACCCAGAGCAAACGCCAAAAACGACUGAAGAAGUAAGCAGGUAUAAUCCGCGAAAUAAAAUUGGGGAUUUAGGGUUUUCAUUUGCCGAGUUUUCAAAUAAAUCAAUCCGCGAAAAUGGAAUCCGAAGGUCAAAAGGGUACGCUUAAUCCGUCAGCAAUGUUGGCUUCUUUGCUUAGUAGAAGAGCCAAACUUCACGAGGAGCUUCGUAAUAUUGAAAAACAGGUUUAUGAUAUGGAGACAAGUUAUUUACAGGAUCCGGGACAGUGUGGCAAUGUAUUAAAGGGAUUUGAAGGGUUCCUAUCUUCAACAAAGAACACUGCAUUCUUGAAGCGGUCCAGAAAGUUUCAGCCCGAAGAUAGACUCUUUUCAUUAUCCUCAGUGACCUCACCAGCGGCAGAAGAGCUUGCAGCCGGACGAGAUGAUGGGAGAUCGGAUUUUGGUCCUGGUCGUUCAAAAGGUGGAACAAUUUAUGCAAAUGGACAGGGUAAACCAAAGAAAGGAAGAGGUGCGCCAAGAGAUGCCAAGAGAGCAAGGGCUUCAAGUGAACAAGAUUUUGAUUAUGAAGAUGAUCCUGAUCUAUCAUGACAUCGUGAUUGACAUGCUGAUGCAACUUUCUGUUAAACCUUGUGGAAUGUAAGAACCUGGAAAAACCUGCAUUGAAUAGGCCACUGGUUCUCAGCAUUUUCUCAUUCUAUUCUAUGUAUAUAUAUUGGUCUAGUUCUAGUAGUUGUGUUGUACUUCUUAAGUGAACUUUUUGCUUAAUUCAAAUUUUUGUUGGCAGACAAAA